UAGUAGGAAGUGUGCUAACGAUCAUAACAAAAUUGCAGCCAAGCUGCAACUGGCUAAUCGCAGUUAAUGUAAGCUAUGGCACCAACAGGCAAAAAUGCAAUGACUUUUCAUUAACACUGAACCUCUAUCUUCUGGAACCGCUGGAACAUCCAAAACACCGAAAAAGUUAAUUAUAAGUGAUCCUUGAACACUUGUCCAAUGUCUUCCGGCUGUCCACCUCAAUCACCUGCUGUGGCAAAGUCUGAAGUAGCAGUAGAGGGAGAAUGCCCGCUCCUGGCUGCCACCUUUGCCUACUGGGACAAUAUUCUGGGACCACGGGUGCGGCACAUCUGGGUACCAAAGGGUGACCAGUUGAUGUUCCUCAGCGAUGGAGAAGUAACAUUUUUGGCUAAUCACACACUCAAUGGGGAGAUUCUGCGUAGCGCAGAGUGCGGCGCCGUGGACGUGAAGUUCUUUGUGCUGGCAGAAAAGGGCGUCAUCAUCGUGUCGCUCAUCUUUGAUGGCGAGCUCAAGGGGGACAAGAACACAUGUGCCUUGUCCAUUAUUCUGCCUCAAACAGAGCUGUCCUUCUACCUCCCCCUGCACACCAUCUGCGUGGAGAGGCUGAAGCACGUUAUCCGCAAGGGACGCAUUUGGAUGCAGAAGGGUUACAAUAUCAUCUCAGUGCUGAGCUUAGAAAUUGUCCCAAUCAUGGAGCUGCUGACCUCUAUGAAGACACAUAGUGUACAAGAAGAUAUAGAUAUAAAAGACACGGUGCUAAAUGAUGAUGACAUCGGGGACAGCUGCCACGAGGAUUUCCUACACAAGUAA